AAAAUUACUAAAAAUUGUAUUUAGCAAAAUUUUAGGAAUUUUUGCGACUGUCAAUUUUGAAACGGAAUAGUACGUAAGGUGGCACAAAUAGCCAAAACUUAAUUAACCUAUCUACUGUGUCUGUAAUUGAAAAAAAAUUAACGAAUAAUGAUAAUGAAAACAAACUUCCUUUGAAUUGUUUCAUUUUGGAUUAUAUUGCAUAUUCUAUGCAUAACUGCGUUGCAACAAUUACUCUACAAACUAGGUUUACUUUUCAUUACAUUGCUGACGACCAGAUACUAUGAAGAGAAGUCGUCUUUCAUAUUGGUAUUCUCGUAAUGGACACCUGACUUUGCCGGUUUUCGCAAACAUUUAGUGAGAAAUAUUUUUUGGAUCAGAUAUAAUAGCCUAAAAAUCAUGGAAAAUUGCUUAAAUGUCCAUCCCCUUAAUAAUGUAGUCGAUUUGAUGCAAAUAAAUAAGAAAAGAUUGCAAAGUUUACUUGAGAAAUUGAAUUGGUCUGAAGCUGAUAUAUUAAGGAGCUUUAAUACCAAUCCGCAGGUUGAGAUUAAAUGCAAAACAAUAAAAAAUCCACAAAUAUCCACUUUCCCGGAAAGCUACGGAUGGAAAAAUUCUCUAAAUCUACACACCUCUCAAUUACAAGGACUGUUAAAGAAUUAUAAAGUAGAGGCACCACGAAAUUUCGCCGAAUUACAACUUAAUUUUACACGGGAGGAAAAAUUAAAAAUAUAUGAACAUACUAUAGAAAACACGUUUAAAAUAGAUGAAAUUGUAACCAUUAAAAGAAACCACAACGAAGUUUCUUUUGCCGAAAUUGUUGCUGUGAAGCGUAGAGAGAAACGUAAAAAGCGUCGAUAUCGUACCAGCAAGCCCACUCAUACAGAGGAAGUAAGAGCCUUACUGGAUUUGCAAAUGCAGGCCUUACGACAAUACUUGAGGCAAAGAAACUAUAGAUACGACAACCGAGAAUCACAAGCGAACGGAAAAAGCCAGAAAGAAGAAAAAGGAGUUUGCAAGAGCACAAUUCGAGAAUGUGACGAGAAAACGAAAGACGGAAAACGAAGUAAUAGAUGUGAAAAGAUGUCCAAAAGAAGUGAAAGAGUGGGAAGUGGUGUGUCAGAGGGUAACAAGAGAGGAAGUAAAGAUCAGUAUUACCGACGUUCCUCCCGGGAAUAUAAGUGGUCACCCCGCAAAUCAAAAUCCCGUAGUAAAAGCAUCGAAAAAUUUCACAAAAGAAAAAGCAGUCGAAGAUCAAGUUCAAUAGAUGAAAGAAUAUAUUACAAGAAAAACAGAAGCCAGCCAGGACAACAAAGGGAUUACUAUAAAAAGACACAUAGGAAAUGAAAAAAAUAAAGCAAAAAAUUUCACGGCUAA